CCCAGCGAGGCUUACAGGCGCCAGGCGUGAUGUGUGUAUGCACUCUGCAGAAAUAAACGAACGGUCUGGAUUGACAAUCGACAGAAAAACGAAGGGCUGGAGAGUCAGCAAUGAUGAUGGUGUACGCUUGAGCCGGAUUCUCCAUCUCUGGACUAGUUGAAUUCGAUCCUUCAUUAACAUACGAAACGAUCGAUCAACUGACUGAGAUUAGGGUUGCUUAUCGAAUGGAGAUGGACUACGUGACGGAGUUUCCGCACUCUCAUGUGGAUCGGCGUCCCAGGAAAAGGCCUAAAUUAGCUUGGGAAUUUCCUCAAACCCACUCCAAGAAAGAUGUUGAUUUAAAUGAUGUAAACAUGUAUCAAAUCUUCAAAUUGCUGGAAGUCAAAUAGUUUAAGGGGGAAAUAAGUAUUGAAUUGCCGUUUAUGUAGUGAAGUAUGAGUAAGUGGCUGUCUGUAGGCUUAUUCAGGGAUGUGUUAUGGACAAGAGGUUGUGAAUAUGACAAGCUUUGGAGCAACAAGGAUACUCCCUGACCAUGCUGGCCUGUUUGUGAAGGGGUUGGCUGAAAAGGGUUCUCCCCCAUGGCGAGAUGAUGACAAAGAUGGACAUUACAUGUUCGCACUUGGUGACAAUUUAACACCUCGAUAUAAGAUCCUCCGAAAAAUUGGUGAAGGUACUUUUGGUCAGGUUCUGGAAUGUUGGGAUAGAGAAAUGAGGGUGCUGGUGGCAAUAAAAGUUGUUCGAAGUAUUAAGAAAUACCGUGAAGCAGCAAUGGUAGAAGUUGAUGUGCUUCAUUUACUUGGGAAGUAUGACAGGAAUGGCAGUCGCUGUGUUCAAAUACAGAACUGGUUUGACUAUCGUAACCAUAUUUGUAUUGUAUUUGAGAUGCUUGGACCAAGCUUAUAUGAUUUUCUACAGAAGAACAAUUAUCGCCCAUUUCCGGUCGAUCUUGUCCGUGAGCUAGGCAGACAACUGUUGGAAUGUGUAGCAUUUAUGCAUGAUUUAGGUCUGAUCCACACCGACUUGAAACCUGAGAACAUACUUUUUGUUUCCCCAGAAUAUGUAAAAGUACCUGACUUCAAGGUUGCACCCCGGUCACCAAAAGAGGGAACCUUUUAUAAGAGGCUGCCAAAGUCAAGCGCUAUCAAGGUCAUUGAUUUUGGCAGCACAGCCUAUGAACAUCAAGGUCACAACUACAUUGUCUCUACUAGGCAUUAUCGGGCACCUGAGGUUAUUCUUGGGCUUGGGUGGAGUUUCCCUUGUGACAUAUGGAGUGUUGGAUGCAUUUUGGUUGAGUUAUGCUCGGGAGAGGCUUUGUUUCAGACGCAUGAGAAUUUAGAGCACCUGGCCAUGAUGGAGAGGGUUUUAGGUCCAAUGCCUAUGCACGUGUUGAAAAGAGCAGACCGGCAUGCAGAGAAGUUUGUCAGAAGGAGUAGACUGAACUGGCCAGAAGGGGCGGCCUCUCGAGAAAGUAUCAAGGCUGUAUUGAAGCUACCACGUCUUCCUAAUCUAGUAAUGCAGCAUGUGGAUCACUCUGCAGGCGAUCUAAUUGAUCUCUUGCAAGGUCUUCUUUGUUUUGACCCCUCCAGUAGAUUGACAGCUCAUGAGGCGCUCCGGCACCCCUUCUUUACAAAGGAGCAUUACCGCAGAUUUUGAAAUCCAAACCCCACCCCCCUCCCCCACCAAAAAAAAAAAAUAGUAGUUUUUUUCCAUUUCAGGUGCCAUUGCGAGUGGUUGGGUUUCAUGUUUGCAAGUGUGUUGUGUUUGGUUAUAUUUGAGUGAUGAUGUGUGUUAGUUCUGUGAAAGGUGCUUCAUUCGCUCUAAUGGCUUGGUGCAAGAGCGAGAGUUUUUCCUCUUAUAUCAGUCUAGCAUUUGUAGAUAAAAUUCAUUGUCUGGGGAAUCAUCCUCCGCGUCCAAUUUUGUACGACCAAAAUGUAUUGCUUGAGAAUUUCAUUCCACGGGUCGAGUCUCGUUUUCAUGAGGUGGCCUGCUAUUUGCUAUGCAUGAUAGGAGGUUUGAUUUACAUUA